AGUAACAUCGUCUCAUUAACAAUUAUGAGAUUUAUCUAAUCAUUAAGUAUCACCUAAUAUCACUUCGAUUACUCGAUAAGUCAUACCUUUGUCCGUCUGUGCAGUGUAGUGAACGUGUGUGCUUAUAAUGAACAUUACGAUAAUUUCAGCACUAAUUUUGUGAAAGUGAUUGGGUUUUAAUUUAAAGACAAUUAAAAAAAAUGGGUGAACUACAGAAGCAGAAGAAGGAGAGGUUUUCGCCGUUCUGGAAACAGGCGUUCGUGACAGCGAGCGUGUCGACAAACAUCAUAGCUCACGGCUGUGUCAUCGGCUUCGCAGCCAUCUUGAUUCCCAGUCUCCGUCUCCCAGAGUCUCACAUACACGCCACACCCAGCGAGGAGUCAUGGAUAGCGUCAAUCAUCGGUUUCGCGUUAGUCGCUGGCAACAUAAUCAUCACUCCACUCAUGGACAUCCUCGGAAGAAAGAAGUCUCAUCUGCUGACCAUCUUCCCUGUCCUGACUGGCUGGUUCACGCUACUCCUAGUGCAGAACGUCGCCGGCCUCAUCGCCAGCCGGUUCCUCCAAGGUGUCGCAAUGGGCAUGCUGGGCCCGCUUGGCUCCAUCAUCAUCGGUGAAAUGACAGACCCAGUGAACAGAGGACCGUUUCUCACUUGUGUAUCGCUCUCACUAACUAUAGGAGUAUUAUUUUGUCACUCAUUGGGUACAUACUUUAGUUGGCAACAAAGCGCCCUAAUAUGUUCCUUCAUCACGUUUACAAGUCUCUGCCUCAUCAUUUAUAACCCUGAGUCACCGUCCUGGCUCAUUGCAAAAGGAAGGAUAGACGAGGCAAGGAGAGUCUUCAUUUGGCUCCGUGGAGACGGUGAUACCCAAAUGGAUGAGCUAGAGAAGAUGAUAGCUGCUCAGAAUAUGGCGAAAAAAGCAAGUGUAACUGACUUGAGUCUGUCGUUUGGUGCAAGAACAAAACGCUACUUCAGGUAUUUAGGAGUGACUAUGAGGAAACCAGAAUUCUAUAAACCUAUUACUAUAAUGGUGUUCCUGUAUGUAAUGUUCCAAUUUGCUGGAAUUAAUGUCAUCAGUUCAUAUGCGACAGACAUCAUCAGACAAGUGGUGGGGCCUGAAGCCAACGCUAAACUAAUCAUGGUAGCUUUAGAUAUUGAGAGACUGAUAUGCAACCUGCUUGCUAUUUACCUGAUGAAGACUAUGAAGAGACGAACAUUGCUGUUCAGUACUGGCAUGAUAUGCAUUUUCUCAUAUGUUGCGAAAGGAUUUUACGUUUAUGCAAAAGAGAAAGACAUGCUGCCGAUACAAGGCCAGUGGUUGCCAAUAGCUUUAAUAGGAAUUUACAUGUUUUCAUUAACUGUGGGUAUAUCUUCGAUACCGUUUGCAGUGUCAGGGGAGAUCUUCCCAUUAGAAUAUCGUGGUUUAGGCAGUGGUAUUAGUAUUCUUGGUUUGUCUCUCAAUUUCUUCGUGGCCCUGAAGUGUUUCCCCGUGUUGACGAACGCCAUCGGCCUGUCGUGGACGUACUACCUGUACGCUGGUGUGGUCGCGUUGUGUAUGUCAGUCGUCUGGCUCAUGUUGCCCGAGACGAAGGACAAGACUCUGCAAGAAAUCGAAGACAGUUUCCGAGGACAGACCACUGACAGAAAGAGUUUGGAGCCACUGCAGAAUGGCAAGCCGAAUGGAGAAACAAUGAGAAGGGUCAGUUCAGUCAUAAUGUACUAAAACGUGUGUUGAACUAUUUAACAAAUAUUCGGACUUAAGGGAUAGUUAUAAUUAGAUAGACAAUUUAAUCAAUUUUGUGGCAAAAAUCUGGUAGUAUGUUUGUGUGUAUUAUUGCGUUUGUUAUUUGGUUCUCUAGUAAUUUAAUUGUAGUUAUUGUAACUAAGUGUGCUUAAUUUAUAAAUUGUGAAGUUCAAAUCUCAGAUAAGUAAAUAAAACUAAUUUCUUUUC